AUGGGGAAGUUCACGGGGUUCACAGUUGUAUUUUUCCCCAGUUUCAGCAGCGGCAGUGAAAAGAUGAAGCUGGCAUUCUUGCUUCUCUCUGCGCUCCUUGCUGUCAACGCUCGACCAAGUGAAAAGCGAGGUGCAUCGAAGAGCGGAAAACUGUUCCUUUGUUACUUUGGAAGCUGGGCUGUUUACCGGCCCGGCGAUGGGAAAUUCGACGUGGAGCAGAUCGACCCGAACCUCUGCACCCACCUCGUCUUCGGAUUCGCAGGGCUCGGCGACGAUAACAAGAUCGAGGUCCUGGAUCCGUGGAAUGAAGUUGUCGACGAAUCGGGCUCUGGAAAAGAUGCAUUCCGACGAUUCAAUGCCCUGAAAAAAAAGAACCCCGAACUGAAGACCAUCUUGGCUGUCGGAGGAUGGAAUGAGGGCUCUGUCAAAUACUCCCAGAUGGCCGCGGACACUGCCAAGAGGACAACAUUCGUAGCGAGCUGCUUGGAACUCCUAAAAAAAUAUGGAUUCGACGGACUGGAUAUGGACUGGGAAUAUCCGAAUAACAGGGGAGGCGCUCCUGCAGACAAGGCGAAUUUCGUACAGUUACUGAGAGACCUGAAAGCCGCUUUCGCUCCCGAAGGAUUGUUGGUCACAGCUGCUGUUUCUGCAGGCAAGGGAACCAUCGACACCGCCUAUGACGUUCAAGGAAUGUCUGAGGCGCUGGACAUAAUCAGCGUUAUGGUAUACGACAUGCAUGGAGCCUGGGAGACAUUCACUCAUCACAAUGCCCCUCUCUAUGCCCAUCCACUUGAUCAAUCUGGUGACAACAAGUACUUCAAUGCCAACUUCAGCAUGAACUACUGGAUCAGCCUAGGAGCUCCGAAAUCGAAACUGGUAAUGGGAAUGCCGAUCUACGGACGAGGUUUCACCUUGUCGAAUCCAGCAGAGAAUGGGUUCUACGCCAAGGCUACUCAGGCUGGCAUGGCCGGUCCUUACACAAGGGAACCUGGCAUUCUCGGUUUCAACGAGAUCUGCGAGAUCCAGAAGCAGUAUGGAGACUUUCAGAGGCACUGGAACGGUGAUAUCAAAGCGCCAUAUUGCACAUUCAACUCCACUCAGUGGUUCGGAUACGACGACACCGAAAGCAUCGCCCUCAAGGCACUGAUGAUCUUGGACUUGGGAAUUGCCGGAGGGAUGGUGUGGUCAGUGGAGACGGACGAUUUCCUCGGGAAAUGCGGGUUGGGAAAGAACCUCAUCCUCACCACCGUCUACAAAAUCCUGAACGGCGAAGACCCAAUCCUACCGCCUCUCCCUCCCUCAACGACGCCCGAGCCCAAUGCCCCUACCACCACAGGCACCCCCUCGACCUCCACUUUCCCCAGCAACUUAACGAGGAUUGUCCUCCUCGGGGGACUUUCUGCCUGGGGAAUGUAG